UUCCGCCAAUAUAUUCUUUCAGUUCACCGUUACUUCUUCGCCGUGAGGAUUCCCGCCGCCUUUACUCAUAUUCUGCUCAAUUAGGGCUUCCACCGGCAUUUUUGUCGUCCCUUUUUCGAGAAUCGACGUUAGCCACCUCGACAGAUUCUAUGUUAGGGUUUCUAUAUUGAGUGUUGAUUUGAUAUUGCUGUUUCUUAUUUGAUUCAGAGGGUUUUGUGUUCUAUUGUUAUUUUUUAUUUUCCGGUAAGGAUUUUGUUGGGCUGCGGUGAUGCCGCGAAGUUCAAGGCACAAAUCUAGCAAGCAUAGUUAUAGGGAUGAUAGGGACUACUCAGAUUCGGAGAAAGAGUCGAGCUUAAAGGAGGAGAAAAAGAGUAAGGAAGAGAACAGUGGUAGGUUUUCAAAGGAUCCUGGAUCGGUUGAGAAGAUAAAGGUCGACUACAAGGAUACCAGCAAGUACCUAUGGAUUUCGGAGAAUGGCGAUUAUGCGGAUGACUGCAGUUCCUCAAAGCGGCACAAAGAUAAGGCGGACGAUGUAGUAAGCGACCGGUGGAAUGGUGAUGAAGAUAAUGGUAAAGGAGAGAAGAGGUCCAGGACUUCAGGUGAAUCGAAGAGUAAGAGAAGAGAGGGUGCCGAAGGGGAUGAUACAAAGAGAAGUAAAAGUGAGAUAACUAAUUAUUUCUUGGUUGUUUAGUAGCAAUGUUCCUAAAUUCGUGUUUUUUUUUAGGUACUGU